AUGGCUGGCAGCAAGAGUAUUCGUGAGCGCGAAAAGAUUGCGAGGAAAAUUGCAAAAACGAGCGAAUCGAUUCGCAAGAAACAUCGCGCUUUGAAAACCGGUAAAAUCGAAGAGGCUAUCUUCGAUCGUGGUAAAGAACGAAGUAACAUCGAUGCGGAAAUCGAACCGUUAAUCAUCCAGAAGCGUGAGAAGGAUGCGACACUGAAAAAGAGAGAAAAACAAUCUGAUGUCUGGUCGAAUCACUCAGCGACACCGCAUAAAUCAAAACGAUUGGACGCUCCACUGGAUGAACCGCCGAUAACCACUACACCGUCCGCAACAAUGGAAAUCGUACCUACGAUGCCCGAAUUACUUGCUCGCGAGGAUGUUUUCCAAACUACCGAUGACUCGCUCAUAACGUUCUUGAUCAUCAAGAGAACCCCUGAUGAAAUCAUCUAUACAGAUGAUGAUAAGCAAACGUACAAGAGCAUGCUGUUGGCAACGAGCGCGCAUAAAGACAAUCACGAUGCGCAUGGUCAAAUACGGGGCAACAGAGGAUACAAGUACAAAGAAAUAAUCGCACCGUUGAUGUCGAUCAAACCGAAAAAGAAAAAAUCUGGAAAAGGAGCAUCAGUCAUCGAACGAUUCAAUCAUACUCUGAAAGACGCUAUGUGGAAGAUGUUUACGCUCAACGGAUCUUACAAAUGGAUAGAUGAGUUGCCGCGACUCGUGUCGGAUUACAAUGCGCGCAAGCAUCGAAUGAUCAUACGACCCAUCGAUGUUACCCCCGCGAUCACCGAAAGACUCUUAGCUACGGUAUAUAGCGCGAUAAAGAUAGCGGGUCUAGUAAAGUUCAAAAUAGGUGACUCAGUACGCGUUAGCAAAUACAAGACGAUUUUCGAGGAAGGUUAUGCACCGAAUUGGACCACUGAGGUGUUUAAGAUCUUUAAAGUGCAGCGUACUAAUCCUGUAACUUAUCUAUUUGAGGACUAUCGCGGAAAAUCCAUCGCUGGAGCAUUCUACGAGUAUGAAUUGCGUCGCGCGAAUUAUCCGGAUGUAUACCUCGUGGAGAAAGUACUGCGCAGAAGGGUGACGAGAUUUACAUAA